UCAGGUCACACUCGCGGCAAAACCGCUUCUUAAUUCGACACAUAAAUUGAUCGUAAACCUCUUUUAGCUGAUAGUGACAGUGAAACAGCGCGGGAUGAAAUCGUCCGAGUUUGAAGCUCGAAGCGGUGAUUCUGCGACUAAUCUCUUGUUUAACAUGUCUUCCACCUUAAACCUAACGGAGCAAUUUGCGACUAACAAAAGCACAACUUCCAUGGAAGGUUUCGAUCGACUAGCCAUCGUACAACUGAUGUGUUACUCUAUAAUCACCGCUGCUGGUUUGAUAGGAAAUACCCUAAUUUGCUUGGCUGUUUAUAAAAGACGCCGCUUGCGUAUCACUGAUGUUUUCGUCCUCAAUUUGGCCGCAACAGACUUGGCAACUUGCGUAAUAAGUAUACCAUUUGACUUUGUCGAAAGUUUAAUGAGAGAGUGGCCCUUUGGAAACGUUCUUUGUAAAAUCGUGUAUCCUUUGCAAACCAUUCUGAUGGCCGUGUCUGUUUACACGCUGCUUUUCAUGAGCUGGGAGAGACAUCGUUCAGUUAUUCCGCCUUUGAAGCCAAAAAUAAAAGCGAAAAGAGCAGUUGUGAUAGUGUUUAUUCUCUGGACUGCUAGCAUCAGUUUGGUCGGACCGUACAUUGCCAUUCUUAAAGUUGAAACCAGCGAUGGUGUAACGCAGUGCAUGGAAAACUGGCCCACGAAAAACCAUCCCAAAGUAUUCACUCUGGCAGUUUUUAUUGCUCUAUAUGUGUUGCCACUUUUUGUGAUCACCGCCAACUACAUACGGAUCAGUCAAAAGCUCUGGAGAGACAUACAAAGAAUGCACAAAGCUAUUGGCGAAAAAAAACGCAAUAGCAAAAAGCCACUCACGCAGGCGAGAGCUCAGCGCAAUAUGAGAAUCGUUAGGAUAUUUAUAAUUGCGGUGAUCGCCUUUUCGCUCUGUAUGUUACCCAACCAUAUCAUGUGGAUUUGGAAAGAUUUUGGCUCGGAAGAGGGUCUCCGAUACUUCGAUAUCAUAAUCAAUUUUUGCUAUAUCUUGGUCUACUCAAACUCAGCCAUUAAUCCGUUCAUAUUUGUAUUUCUGCACAGACGGUAUUGCCGAGGUAUUUUUAGCUCUUGUGGCGCUGUGAAAAUCCUGGUGAUUUCAUGCUUGAAGUUUCGAUCGCAAGAGACUUGCAGCGACGCGAACAUCUACAGAAAAAGCAAAAUUUCGCGGAGAAGAAAGCGGCCCUCACGAAGGAAAACAAACCAUCUACCUUACACGAUGCAGACUGCGACACCACGAAGCGCUUACACAGCAAGAAGAGUAUUUUGGAAUAACAGCUACUGGUGUAAAGAGCUAAUUCCUAACCAUGAAGCGAAAGAAUAUCGUGUCUCAUUCAAAAAUGAACGAUUUCAGCCAUUGAAAGACGGAGAAGAUAUCGAUGAAGGUAUUAAUGAUAGAAAUGAAGUCCUUCAAGUAACAACAAGAAAAGUGAACUUUGGUGAAGUUGUCCAUAUUGAAGCGCAAUAACAAUUUAGAGCCCGUGGGUCGGAAUUACAAUUUCAAAACACGGAAUACUUCGAUUAGAAAGCUGUAAAAAUUUCUCAUUUUAAUCUAGGCAACUGCCUAGUUAGGCUGAAAAGUAACUGAAAAAUCACAUAAACGUAAGCAUUUUUUUUUUUGAUAUGCACCAGAUAAAAACUAACAGAGUCAAUCCGCAAUAGAAGUAUUAAGUUUAUUUAACGAGCAACGUUCUAAAGAUGGCCAACUUGCGGCCGAACACUCAAACAUAAAACUAAACGAGCAGCUGAGGUACGAACAAGCACAUAAAAUAAACUUGUUGAAAAUUGAUGACUUGCCCCAGUUACCGAAGGUUUAGCGCUUGCUUACAAAGCUCUGUUUAAUAUAUAUUUUCUCGAAAACUAAGACUUUCGGACUUCUUUUGUUAGAAACCCUACGAGCACCAACUUUAUUUGUUUUCUUCUUAACUGAAAUCCUAGACUUCACAGUAGGUCAUGGAUGAAAAAACUGAAAAUGGAAAAAAUUUAUUUCAAUCAGUUUUGCGAGCCACAAUCAUUUGAAAAUGAAGAUUGAAACUGACAUUAAUUCAACUUUUUCUCGGCGACAAUAUGGCAUCGUAUUUUCUCAUGGUGAUUAACAGCACGCAUUUCUUGCUAAAAGCAAAUUUGACCUCGGGAAAAUAAUUCUGCUUGCUAUGGGAACGUUUUUUUUUUUAUACCAGGAGCUCCGCUGUGCGAUGCUUUCCUUUAUAGACCUAACGCAAGACUAAAAAAAGGCUAAAAAAAAAAAACAAAUAUGUUGUCUCUGCACUGUGAACAUUAAACGAUAUUUGAAUUUUAUUGGCAUCAGGAUACAGAUUAAACGUACAUUUAGUGUGGCUUUUGAAUAGAUGUUUCCAUAAUACUGGACUGAGAAAAAAAACUUUUCUAUCUACAAAAAGUGCAUUAAAUAAAAAUUUGAA